ACAUGGUUGAGAGUGUGUGUUGUGGUCAGUGGGAGACCCCGAGUCCUGGACCCUGAGUCCUGGACCCUGAGUCCUGGACCCCGAGUCUGGACCCCGAGUCUGGACCCCGAGUCUGGACCCCGAAUCUGGACCCAGGAGACCGGAUCUGUCGUGUGGAGCCGGUUCCACUUCAAGGGCGUCAGCUGUCAGCCUCAUGGAGACGGAGACGAGGGGGCUUCACCGCAGGGGACGCUGAGCACGGCCUGAGCCCGGAGCGCCAUGGGGGACUGGAACCUGCUGGGGAAGCUUCUGGAGAAGGCCCAGGAGCACUCCACCGUGGUGGGCAAGGUGUGGCUCACCGUGCUCUUCAUCUUCCGCAUCCUGGUCCUGAGCGCCGCCACGGAGAAGGUGUGGAGCGACGAGCUGUCGGGCUUCACCUGCGACACCAAGCAGCCCGGCUGCGAGAACGUGUGCUACGACGUCACCUUCCCCAUCUCGCACGUCCGCUUCUGGGUGCUGCAGAUCAUCUUCGUGUCCACGCCCACGCUCAUCUACCUGGGCCACAUCGUGCACCUGGUGCGCAUGGAGGACAAGCACAAGGAGAAGGCCCGGCUGAGGCAGCUGGACCCCCAGGCGGAGCGGCCGCCGGCGGGCGCCAAGCAGCAGAAGCUCCCGGUGCGGGACGAGCGGGGCCGGGUCCGCCUGCAGGGGGCGCUGCUGCGCACCUACGUGUUCAACGUGGUCUUCAAGACGCUGUUGGAGGUGGGCUUCCUCGUGGCGCAGUACCUGCUGUACGGCUUCCAGCUGCAGCCCAUGUACACGUGCGACCGGCCGCCGUGCCCCAACCGGGUCAACUGCUACAUCUCGCGGCCGACGGAGAAGACGGUGUUCAUCGUGUUCAUGCUGGGCGUGGCCAGCGUGUCGCUGCUGCUCAACCUGGUGGAGCUCUACCACCUGGGCUUCACCAAGUGCCGCCAGGGCAUCACCUUCCGGAGGCGCCGCCGCCGCCGCCGCCCGGCCGGCCCCCUCGCCGCCGAGCCCAAGGAGGCCGCGGCGCCGUACGCGCCCGGCUACGACGACUACGUCCACCGGGUCACGCCGGCCUACGAGCCGUCCCCGCUGGCCGAGGCCGACUCGCCGCUGCACGGCAAGGCGGCCUUCAAGCAGAACAGGGACAACAUGGCGGAGGAAUGCCACCUCAAAGGGAAGAAGGGGGCGGGGUCGGCCCCCGGGUCGCCGACGCAGGCCCGGCCCGGACGCAGCAACAACAAGACCAGAAUAGACGAUCUGCAGAUAUAAAGAUGUUCCUCCGAGGAGCCGUCCCCCCUCCUGAAGGCGGCUCAGGGUGUGGAGGGUCAAAGGUCACAGCUCGAAUAGACCGUCAGGAUCUACUGC